AUGCCCGAAGCGACUCAGACGCCCUCCAAGCGACUGCGCAACUUGACAACUGCAACCUCGGACGGGGCUGAAGCAAUCCCUCCAGCUGCAACGCUCAAGACCGGAGAAAAGAGAAAACGUGGUCGUCCGCGCAAGAAUCCUGAGGCCCCUGAUGUUCAACCAAUAACUCCCAAGCGCGGGCGCGGCCGUCCACCCAGGAUCGCCUCGGAAAAGGAGAAUGCUUCAAAGGCAGUGGCCUCGCCGCGCAGAGAGGCCGAGGACGCCCUCGCAAGGUGCCAGGCAACUGCUGAAUCGGCGAGCCCCAAGAGGGGUCGGGGUCGGCCUCGCAAGAGCCUGCCUGCUGCAUCAAUUCCGGAUAUAUCGAGCCCUAAGAAAGGCCGUGGACGCCCACCCAAGCGCGAAAGCGUUGAUAAAGCAGUCGAGGCCGCCGUGCCUAUUGAUACCACCAAAGACUCUGACACCUCCGAGGCUAUGGAGCCGAAAGCUGAGGCUGCAACAGAGAGCGAGCCCAAAGGAGGCAAUGGCCGUUCUUACUGGCUCAUGAAGGCAGAGCCCGAGAGUCGCCUUGAGAAGGGCGUUGAUGUUAAGUUUUCAAUUGAUGAUCUUGCUGCUGCAAAGGUCCCAGAGCCCUGGGAUGGAGUUCGCAACGCCGUUGCACGCAAUAUCAUGCGGGAGAUGAAGAAGGGUGACUACGCAUUCUUCUACCACUCCAACUGCAAGGUCCCUGGGGUGGUCGGAAUCAUGGAGAUUGUGCAGGAGCACUCGACUGACGAGUCUGCCUUUGACCCUAAGCACCCGUACUACGACCCCACGUCUAACCGCGAUAGCCCCAAGUGGUCCGUCGUGCACGUCGAGUUUCGUCACAAGCUAAAGAACCCGGUCACCUUGGCUGAUCUCAAGGCCAACAGCCAAGCAGGCAAGCCGCUCGAGAACCUGAUGACCCUUAAGCAGUCAAGACUCAGUGUCUCAAAGGUGACCCCAGAUGAAUGGCGAACCAUCUUGGAAAUGGCGGGAGAGGAUCCACACGAACCCAAGUUUUAA